AUGGCAAGGCCGGCGAGUGAUCGAUGGGUGGAUAUGGAAGAAAUUGGUGGUGGUGCUUACGGAGUCGUUUUCAGAGCUAGAGAUAGACAACACGACAACCGCGUGGUAGCUCUAAAACGCCUCCGAGUCCAAGCUUCCGAUGAAGGAAUGCCGUUGAAUACAAUCCGUGAAAUCGCAAUUUUAAGAAGACUCGUCGGCUUCGAACACCCAAAUGUAGUCAGUUUACUGGACGUCUGUUGCUCCAGAAGAAAUGAUCAUGAAAUCAGGCUUUUAUUAGUUUUUGAACAUGUCGAAAUGGACCUGGAAACAUUCAUUUCCAACGCCAGGGCGGGUGGGGGAGUGUCCAUCGAAGACAGCCGCCACAUUUCGAGGCAGUUGCUUUCUGGCCUUGACUUUUUGCAUUCUCAGUGUAUCGUACAUCGUGACCUCAAGCCUCAAAACGUGUUAAUCACUGGCCAGCAACAUGUAAGAAUAGCUGAUUUUGGACUGGCUCGUCUGUACACGCCCGAAACAACAUUAACCCAAGUUGUGGUCACUCUUUGGUACCGAGCUCCUGAAAUUCUCCUUCAUGUUUCUUACCAUUCAGCCGUCGAUUUAUGGGGAGCUGGCUGUAUCAUAGCAGAAAUCUUCAACGGCGAGCCGCUGUUCCAGGGAGACCGAGAAAUCGCCCAGCUAAGAGAAAUAUUCAAAGUUCUCGGUGUCCCGCCAGAAAGCGACUGGCCAGCGAAUACGAAUGUUUCAAGAGAUAGUUUUGAAAAUGCUCCUAGAAUGAGCAUGGCAGAUAUCGUUCCCCGGGCACCACCAUACGCGCAGGAAUUGAUCAAACGGCUGCUAGAAUUUUCCUUCGAGAAACGACCGACCGCUUCUGCCGCGCUCAAAGGCCCCUGGUUCCAGCCCCAAGGAGCAACUUCUAUCCUCCAGCCUCAAGAGAAUCGCGCUUCUAGCAAUAGCAGUACCUCAACUGCAGAACAAACGGCUCAGAAUUGCCCAAGUGCUGCUUCCAAUCCUUCCAAUUCAAAUUCCGCCAAUUCCGAAAACGCACUAACUUCCAGCACAAACGAAAGCGGCGAUCAAAGCACUUCUUCCUCCGCUAGAAUCAACUCUUCUAUAAUCGGCAACACUAGGUCAAGAGAAUCGCCUCUUGCCACUCAAGAUGAAACUUCCAUCAAAAGAAGUAGAGCAAAUACAUGA